CAGCCCGCUCCAGCCAUGGGUGCCAGUUUCGGCCGGGUCCCCGGGCAGCUGCAGUCCACCUGGCUCGGCGUCGCCGCGGCGGCGGGACUGGCCACUGUGGCGCUGGGGACCAUGGCCUGGCGUCACGCGCGUCCCAGGCGACAUCAGCGGCUACAGCAGGUGGGAACAGUGGCACAGCUCUGGAUCUACCCGAUCAAGUCCUGCAAGGGGGUGUCGGUGAGCGAGGCAGAGUGCACUGCCAUGGGGCUGCGCUGCGGCCACCUGCGCGACAGGUUUUGGCUCGUGAUCAAUGAAGAGGGGAACAUGGUCACUGCCCGGCAGGAGCCUCGAAUGGUCCUGAUUUCUCUGACCUGUGAGGACGACAUCUUGACUCUCAGUGCAGCCUACACAAAGGACCUGUUGCUGCCUAUCACCCCACCUGCCACAAACCCACUCCUCCAGUGCAGAGUGCAUGGCCUGGAGGUUCAGGGCAGGGAUUGUGGAGAGGAUGCAGCUCAGUGGGUCAGCAGCUUCUUGAAGACCCAGUCCUGUCGCCUGGUGCACUUUGAACCACACAUGCGCCCCAGAAAUUCUCAGCAAAUGAGGGCUGAGUUUGGGCCCACAGACCAGGUGGCCUACUCAGAUGCCAGUCCAUACCUGGUCCUCUCUGAGGCAUCCUUGGAAGAUCUCAACUCCAGGCUGGAAAGAAGAGUGAAAGCAACAAACUUCAGGCCUAAUAUUGUCAUCUCGGGAUGUGGUGCUUAUGCUGAGGACUCUUGGAACGAGCUUCUCAUUGGAGAUGUGGAACUGAGACGGGUGAUGGCUUGCACCCGGUGCCUUUUAACAACGGUGGAUCCAGACACUGGCAGCACGGAUAAGAAGGAGCCUCUGGAAACACUGAAAAGUUACCGCCUGUGUGACCCUUCGGAACAAGCAUUAUAUGGAAAGUUACCCCUCUUUGGACAAUAUUUUGCUCUGGAAAAUCCAGGGAUGGUCAAAGUGGGAGACCCCGUGUACCUCCUGAGCCAGUGAUGGGAACUGUUCGUUCUGGAAGAACAGAUGUCUCUUAAAAACAUUUUAAAAACUGACAUCACUUGAAAUUGUUCUUCAGCCUGUUCUUUGGAUCCGUGAGUUCCAAGUGUUUCCUCUUUCAGAUUUCCUUCUGUUUCAAUGUUUCCUGGGGCCAGCACACAAAGCAGGGAAAUAUGGUCUUCUGAACUUAGCAGGUCCUUGUCAAGUUUCUUGAAGAAUGAAAGGAUUAUCACAUUGCCCUGUUUAUAAUUACAGAGUAAUUCUUCUACUUUGGCAUUCACUUGCCAAGACAACAGAUGUCCAUCAUAUCCCUAGCCUUCUUUUGGGAAAGAGAAGAAAAAAAGAAGACUGUGUAAGCCAGAAGCAUGUUCCAGAAUGUUUUGCUACCCCUGGACAUGGUGCAUACAAUGGAAAUUAAAUACUCUCCCAAGUGAAGUUGGAAUGAUGGAGUUUACUUUUUCCUCCAAGCCCAGGCUUUGGAAAGGGUUUAAAGAGCAAGCCCUGAAGAUACAAAUUAUCCCAUAGAUCCUCCUGGAUCAGAUACUGUUGCUUACCAGACAGUGUGAGGAUUUGAUGAAUCCUUUAGUCCAAGAACACCUCUGAAGUGUCAGGGUUCAAAGCCUGCUCUCUAAGAGCAUCCAGACUGGCUUCCAGCUCUGUGAAAAACAAGGUGAUUCCACUCUUGAAAAAAAGUGUUGAUGUGCCCCUCUAAAGGAUUCACGAUCGUUCCUAGCAUGUGGGGAAAGACAGUGACACCAGAGAAGGAGAUACCCUCUGGCUCCUGGGUGUCUAAGAUGAGAUUUGAUCUUGCCCAAGAAAAUGAUGGCUCUCUUAAUAUGAGCAAAAUGAGGUGGCCCUGAGAGGCUACGGCACUGCCUAGUGGUGGUGAAUGGUAGCUGAGCUUACCUUGAGAAAAAUUAAAAAGAAGGAAAAAAAAGCAAUCUUGUGCUUGUUGUUUAGUUUUAAAAAGUAAAACAUUUUAAAAACUGA